CGAGGCUCUGGCCGCCAUAUUUAUCAAAACAAUGCGGUUGUAGGACUUGCUUCAUGAAAGAAAAGAAAGAAUCUAAUCUUUAAAUGCUAGUGAUUGCAUGUAAAAAUCCGAGGAAAGGUGAAAAAAUUCUGUAAUUGUAUUCUGGAAAAAUUUUAAGUUCACAAACAAUUGCUUUUUGGUGUGAAACAGCCAAAAAUGUCCGAACUCGAAUCGAAUGAGGUCGAAGACGCCGAGAAUUUAAACAUCGAACAAAAUGUUACUGCGAAAGAGGACAAAAGCGAUGCAUCGGAAGCAGUGCUGAAUGAAAUUAAUGGAAUUGAGUUGAAUGGAAGCUCUGAAGGACAAGAUGUGUUGGACGGCAUAGAUCCCCCUUCUAUGAAAACCCCAUCUGCACCUGAUAAAGAAGAGGAUGAAUCAAUACCAGAAGAACCUGUAUCACCUGAAAUGAAUUUGCUCGUAACAAAUGUGGUGUCCCAUGCCGAGGCCCCACUGAAUGAGGACCCUCCUCCCUCCACAGAGGCGGUGCCGAAUUCUGACAAUGGGGCUCAGAUUCCUGAUGAAAACUGUGUCCCGAGCGAGGCUUCAUCUGCUGAACUCUUGGGAACAACAAAAGAUCAAGCGUCAGAGGAUACUCAAGAGAAAGAGCAGGAAGUGAACUUAGAAUCUCAAAAUGAGGUACAGGAAGUAGCUGCCUUGUCUGACACUUCAGAAAAAGUUCAAGAAAAUUUUUCAGAGGUGUACGAACAAACUAACACAGAAAAUGAAAGUGCAGAGCAAUUGUCCACUGGUAUUUCACAAGAAACAGAGACCUCUGCUCCUCUCGCCCCAACUGUUCAAGACAGCACAGAAAGUGAGGUCUCUGGAAUGGAAAUACAAGAUACAGUAAUGGAGCCAGAAGUCCACGAUUCAGGUGUUACUGAACAAGUCAGUGAUAUUGGCUCACAGGAUGGAGGCUUAGGAGAAUUAACAAUAGCGUCUGUUGGCACGUUGCAUGGUGACAUCACAGAUGAAAGCGCAAUAGAGGCCAUGGAGACGGAACACACAGAUGACGCAAUCCUGUCUAACUCCAACACUCAAUGUGCUGCUGAGCCAAACACUGUAGCUGAGACCAAUGAUGAGAACAUGGAGGUCACAGAGAACGAAGAAAGUCUCCUAAAAGAAGAGGAGGGAGAGGUUGAUCAGAAGAUGGAGGAGAUGGAUGAAGAAAGUUUACUGAAAGAGGAGGUCACACCAGAACAGGAGGAGAAGACAGGAGAAGGUGAAGUCCUACAGGAGAUGACAGAGAAACCAGAGGAGAAUUCUCAGGGGGAGGGUGUGAGCAGCUCUGAACCCGAGGAACCAGCCCAGGUGUUGUCAGGUGUGGAGACGAUGGAAAGUGUUCCUGUGGAACCACCCGAGGCUUUAACUAGUACGGAUACCACAGAAUCAGCUGGUGCUAAGGAGAAAUCAGCUGAUGACACCACCCCUGUUGUGAUUAAAAAUGAAAGGCAAGAAAAUUCACCAGAUUCUGUUGAAGAGGAAAAACCCAACCAGACUGAAGGAGAAACAACAGAAACCAAGCCAGAGGUUGACUUACCAGAAACCAGUCAAACCACUGAAUCUGUGAAAUCAGAGGGAAAAGAAGAGCCAGAGAUAGAAACAUCAGAGGCUACAAAAGGCACUGAGGCAACAGAAGAGACUGAGAAGACAUCUAUGGCCUUGGAAGGCACUGAGACAACAGAAGGCACUGAGGCAAAAUCUGAGGCCUUGGAAGGCACUGAGGCAAAAUCUGAAGAAAUAAGUGAAGUGAAAGACACAAUUACAGAGUCAACUGAUAGCAGCAUGGAAAACAAGGGAGAUAAAUCUGAUGCAGAUGUUGUCAUGAUCGAUGACAAAGAGGACACAAAUGAAAAAGAAGCAAACAAAGAAGAGAAGAAGAAAGAGAGUUCAGAUGAAUCUGAUGACAUUGCAAUUGUGGGAGUCAGUCCAGCCACAAAAAAGCAGACAGCUGCAGCAGCUCCUAGUGGAGGCAUGGGUCUACAGAUUUCCUCAGUCAGCGGGGGCACAGACAUUCCAGACAUCGUUAACAAGGAGAAAAAAGAUCAGCAAAAAACUGAGGCCCCCAGACAGCCAGCUCCCCCAAAACCAGAGGUGAAGCAGGAGGCCAAAAAGUCGUCUCCAGCCAAGCCCACCAGUAAGGUCCAGACCUGUAUUGUGUGCAGCAGGGUUGGGAAAUGUAAAUACAAUAUAGUACGUAACGGGGAUGUAAAACACUUGUGUGAUGAUGUAUGUUUCCAAAAAUUCCGGGCCAAUCCCACCAGUUACCUCAGAGGAACCCCCAAAGCACCAGCAGAAAACCACACCGAACUGAACAACGCCCACCCAACCAACUCUCACUCCAACCAGGAACAGUUCAAAACCUGCUCAGUGUGUCAACUCAUGAACAUAAAAACCUCCAAACCAUUCCUCAACUGGCAGGGAAUGGACUUCUGUGGGGAAGAUUGUCUGGGAAAAUUCCAGGGCUCCCUUAAUGCCUCGUGUACAAACUGUGGAAACAUGGUGACUGCCACUGCUAAAGGAAAAUACUGUCUUAGGUUCGCCAAUGAAGUGAAACAAUUCUGUUCCAACAACUGUUAUGUGGAAUUCAAGAAACGACAGAAACUCUGUGAGUGUUGUCAGAAGGACAUUUCCAAAUCCACCGAUGCUUUCGUAGCACCUGUUGGAAAAGAGGGGACAUUCAAGGAUUUUUGUAGUCAGUCAUGUUUACAGAAGUACGAAGAUAAAACUAACUGUGAUGUCGAGAUAGUAGGGGUAGAGAAAGCUCAGAAGUCCAAAGUUUUACCAAAGGGAGAAUUCCCAUGUUCAGUGUGUAAAAAACAUUCAACUGUGAAGCAUGAAAUCCGACUAGAAGGUAAAGUUCACCGCCUGUGUAGCGAUCCAUGCUUUUCUGCUUUCCAGUACGCCAAUAAAUUGACCAUGAACUCGUGUGAUAACUGUGGCACUUACUGCUAUGGUGAUGGUGCUCCACAGUUUAUCCAGUUUGAAGGGCAGCAAAAACGAUUCUGUAGUUAUGUGUGUGUCAACAAAUUCAAAUCGGAAAAGAAGAAAAUAGUGGCUUGUGCUUGGUGUAACUCCAAGAAAAGUAACUUUGACAUGAUUGAAAGGGUAGAUGCCCAUAACAAGUAUCAGCUGUUUUGUUCUUUGAACUGUUUAUCCCUAUAUCGCGUUAACCUUCAGGCGACCUCUAACCAGGCGGUGGUGUGUGACCACUGUCGAAAGUUCGUCCCCGCCCAGUAUCAUUUGACUAUGAGUGAUGCAUCGGUGAGGAACUUUUGUUCGUACCAAUGUGUGAUGGCCUUUCAGUCACAGUUUGCUGCAUCAGGAGGAAAACAAACAGCACCAACUGCAAACCAGCACCAUCAGCAACAAAAAGCUGCAGCACAGCAACAUAAGCCUCCACAGCAACAUAAGCCUCCACAGCAACAAAAGUCAUCCCUGCUGCAGCAACAGAAAACACCACAACAAUCAGCACCUGUGACAAGAAACGCUACCAGAGCCCCACCCUCCAAACAACCCCCAGCAUCAAAGCAGUUAUCCCAGAGGAUGGGACCCGGAGCCAACCCUGUCAUAUCCAACGUUGUGUCACUAGCUCCUAAAGGAAAUCAGCAGAGUGGAUUGAAAUCUGUCACCAGUGUUCCAGCAACAAGCCAGCCACAGACAAAGACAACUCAGAUUCAGGUACAACAGCAGAUAGUUAUCCAGCCACCAUGGCCUAAAACUCAGAAGAACAAAUCUGUAGUGUGUAAACCAUUUCUACAGACCAAGGCUACGUCCUGUAGGCCCCACACCCACACCGUAGGGGUCCAAACAGAAAAGUCAGAACCAGAUAAGGUGAUCCUUCCCGUCCCUAUACCAUUUUAUGUACCGGUUCCCAUGGCGAUGUACACGCAGCCUACACCUGUUCCAUUCCCACUUCCUGUACCCAUACCCGUGCCAUGUUUCAUCCCAACCACUAAAAAAUCUGCCGACGGAAUCCUCAAGCAGAUCAAGGAAAUUCGUGAGAAAAUUCCCAGUGACCCCCUUGAGGCAGAGCUGCUAAUGAUGGCUGAAGCUGUCGCAGGGGUAGAAAAAGACUCGGAUUCAGAAUCUGAAAAGGAGGCUGAGGUGGAACCUGAAGGAAAGACAAGUUGUAAAUCACCAAUACCAACUCCAAAGACCAAUGGUCCUGAGACGAAUGCUGAAGCUGCACUGACGGAGAGCAAUGGAGAACUGGGAGAAGACAUGCUACAAAUGGCCCUAAGAAUGGCCUCAGAAUUGACUGAACCUGUCAUGGAUUUAGAGAAUUCUAUAGAGCCAGUCCCGGUCAACACAGAGCCCCCACCAGCGCCUCCUAAAUCAGUCCCUGAAGAACCGCCCCAAGUGGAGGAGGACGAUGAGGUUUAUGUCCCCCGAGAAACGAGGUCAGGACGGGCCUCCACGAAACGGUCUUCACGGGGAGGUGGUGGCAACAAACGCAGAAAUAAACGUCAGAAAGUGAACCACCAGGUGGAGACGCCUAUGGAGGAGAGUAUCAGUGAGGCCCCAGAACCCGAGGUCCACGAACCAGCCCCGGACGCUAACAUGUACCUAAAGUACACCUACGGAGUCAAUGCUUGGAAGCACUGGGUUGUACAGAAAAACGCCCAGCUGGAGAAGGUGUCUAAACAAGGCUCAGGAAAACUCAAAAUGUUUAAAACGGACAUGAUGGGUUGUACUGCUGAUGAACUGAAUUAUUCUCUGUGUUUGUUCGUGAAAGAAGUUAGGAAACCGAACGGGGAGGAGUAUGCACCUGACAGUAUAUUCUAUCUGUGUUUAGGUAUUCAGCAGUAUCUCUUUGAGAAUGGCAGGAUAGACAAUAUCUUCACUGAUAUGUAUUACGAGAAGUUUACAGAGUGUUUAAAUGAAUUACUUAUUUCUUAUGAACCAAAGGUCAAUGCUGCUGGUCAGCUGGUGUGUCGUAUAGAGGAGGAGCACCUCUGGGAGUCUAAACAGCUGGGGGCCCACUCCCCCCACGUACUUCUGAACACACUGGUUUACUUCAACACCAAAUACUUCAUGUUACAGUCCGCCGAGGACCACCUGAAGCUCUCGUUCACUCAUAUCAUGAAGCACUGGAAAAAGUCACCACCAGGAAAAGGAAACUCUUCUGGGCGAAGUGUGUUCCUCCGAUACUACUGCCCAACACCACUCAAAAAUCAAAAUGAUUCUCAAAAGGCCAAGAAAAAGGAGGAGCUGCCUAUUUAUGAGCAAGCUGAGAAUGUAGACAAUCCUCUUAGGUGUCCAGUCAAAUUGUACGAGUUCUAUCUCUCCAAGUGCCCAGAGAGUAUAAAGAAUCGCAGUGACGCGUUUUACCUAGUCCCCGAGCGUUCCUGUGUCCCAGACAGUCCAGUGUGGUAUUCUACACAGAACUUAUCAGUAGAAGCCAUGAACAAAAUGUUACACAGAAUCCGAUUGGUCCGAGAAAUACAGGAAGCCAAAUUUCACACACAACCAGUGUUUUCUUCUACCUGAGCAAGGGUCCGUGUUGUGAGAAACUACAUUUUUACGGUGGAUGACUGUACUAUGGUGCUUAUUUUCAGUGCAAGAGUCUGUCAGAAGUGAUUGAAUGUUGUGAAGGAUGAAUCAAAAAGAACAAUGAACAGUUUUUGAGGAAGCUGCAUUACAUGAAAAUUGUAAAUUUUUGUUUUCAGUAAUGUAAUGAUAGAAAUCUGCAGUUGUGCGUAUAUGUCACUAGGUUGUCAGUUAAAUUUUAAGUGCACACUCUUUAAUACACCAUACAUGUAGUUUUCAAAUUUGUCAGAAAUUUUUAGGUUUCUCAUUUUACCCUUCACUUUCAUUUUUGUCAAAUUUCCAGAUGUAGUUUUUUUCACCAAAUUUUACAAUCAUGAAAAUUUCCAACAUAAGAUAUACAUUUUUGACAUUAUGUACACCAAGGCUGUGUAUUUGUGUUUUGAGAGAACUAUAAAUGGAAUACAAUUGAUUUUAUAUUCAGCAAUAUUUGUUGUACAUGUAUAAUGAUAUAUUCCUCAUGAUGAACAAGUGGUGACUCAUAUUGAUUUUGUACAGAUUUUUUUAGUAUAUUUACUUUGAAGUACAUUGUAUAUUGCAAUUAUUGUGUAUGCUGAUGUACUGAGAGCAGAUGUUGAGAGAGGUAUUGUAGUAGAUGCAUAAUGCAAAACAAUAAAAAUCUUAGAAAUAA